UGUGUGUGAAGAUGAAGCUCCUACUCAGCAGUCUGCUACUCGCUUCUCUCUGUGCCCUCUCAUCUUGGAGUGUUUCAUCAUCAGACACACUUGUUGUUACCCAGACUCCUGAUGUCUCUGUCAUGGAGGGGGGGGCAGUCAACAUCACCUGCUGCUGGACACGCCAGCUUGAGCAAGUGAGAGUACAAUGGCUGAAUCAUAUAAAUGAGACUGCAAUAAUUCAGAAUAAAAUUUUCAGCUGGACGAAUCAGUCUGAAGGAUCUCUGCAAAAAGAAACAUCUAACUGCUCACACUUGAUCUUUACGAAUGUCACAAGAGAGGAUUCUGGGAGAUACAUCUGCAAGGUGUCUGUGGAGAUACCACUUUUACGUGUGGUUUCUGGAAAUGGCACGGUCAUCACAGUUAGACAUAAACCCUCCAUAGAGGACAACACAGCAGAAGGUUCCACCAGCGAUCUACCGCUCCCGGUGCUCAUUUCCCUGGCUGUGGUGGCUCUGCUGCUCCUCAUCACUCUCGCGUGUUUCUGCACUCUGCGUAGGAUAAAAGGUUCACAAGCAGCCAGGGUGAUCUACGAGGUUCCCCACAUUGACUCGGAGGAGGUAGAAAUGGACAAACACAGCACGGGCUCCUCCAGAGGUUCUUCUCAGUGGUGUCAGGUACCAGUGUAUGAAUCCUUCGAUUACUUUGAACGGGUCCAGACCAAAGAAAGUGAAUGAGGAUCUAUCUGCUGAGCGGCAUUUUCCUCAUCUUCCAGUAUUUUCUGUCUUCACUUUUCAGCCUGAAUAUAUAUAUAUAUAUGUAUAUAUAUACACAGUGAUGUAUCCAUUUGCCUUUCCCUGACUUAAAUGAUUCCAGAUGAGUGUAAAUAUUUUAUAUUUUUCUACAAACUCUAUAAAAGUCUUAUCCAUC